AUGCGGCCCAUGUCACGUGGUUUACAGUUGGCUGGUAGCGACUGUCCAAAGCGGAAGUGUGGUCGAAGAAUUAGCGUAAACAUGGCGACUUUGGUGAGCGGCAAAAGAGGAAAAACAAGAACAAUUUGCCAAUUAAACUCACUCUCUAUUUUGUACCCAGUCGUAGUACUUUACUGUUUGUCGGUGUUGCCUGUCGAGGCCAAGCAGGACAACCUGAGAGUGAUUACGGAUGGGAACUGGGAGGAAAUCUUGACGGGAGAAUGGAUGAUUGAAUUUUAUGCGCCAUGGUGUCCAGCUUGCCAGCAGCUGCAGCCUGUGUGGAAUGAAUUUGCAGACUGGAGUGAGGACCUUGGGGUCAACAUGGCUAAAGUGGAUGUAACUGAGCAGCCUGGAUUGAGUGGCAGGUUUAUCAUCACAGCGCUUCCAACCAUAUACCACUGUAAAGAUGGAGUGUUUCGGCGAUACCAGGGUGCACGCACUAAAGAAGACUUCCUGAGCUUCAUUGAUGAAAAGAAAUGGCAGAACAUUGAGCCUAUUUCCUCUUGGUUUGGCCCGUCCUCUUUCAUGAUGAAUAUGAUGUCUGCUCUCUUUAAGCUGUCCAUGUUUAUCAGGCAAUGCCAUACCUACCUAACAGAGCAAGUCGGAAUUCCAGUCUGGGGUUCUUACAUAAUCUUUGGCUUAGUAACACUCUUCUCUGGACUCACCCUAGGACUGGUGCUGGUGUUUUUCGCUGAUUAUGUAUUUCCAUCACGCCGCUUUUCUUCAGCUUACUGCCAGAAGAAGCAUGCUAUGGAGCAGGCACGCCUUCGGCAGCAGUUAGAGGAAGAGCAGGAAGCUGAUGGGGAGGAAGAGGAGGAUGAAGAUGAAUAUGCUGGGAGUGCAGAGGAGUGGAGCAUAGAAGGUGCGAAAGAGGAUAUUGUGAGGAGGAGAGCAGUGGGAGGAGGUGAGGAGGAGGACACCUAGAGACCUGGAGAGGAAAUGUGAAUAACAACACCAGACCAACCAAAUCACUAUGGAAACGCACGGCCAUGCCAACAUAGCAGGCCUCCUAAUGACAUCACUGAUGAUGUCAGAGCUCUCACUGUGUGUGUGUGUGUGCCCUGUAUCCCUCCCUUCAGUUCCUCAAUUCCACCUUUCUUUCCAUUUGUGUGAGAGAGAAAGAAGGGAAGGACUGAGAGAGAAAGAUGGGAGUAGAAGAGGCAGGCAGGGGCUAUGACACAAAUAUGUUUGAGAUUUUUUGUUUGUUUGUUUAUGAAAUGAGCAUUUUGGCUUUUUAUUGCCUGCCUAUCUUUCAGCUGAACUAAUACUUACCUACUUGAGCAGAGAUGACCAAUGGAGAAUGAAAAAACUUUACUCUCUUUUUUGCUGCAUUGUUAAUAUUUUAUUCAGUUACUUAGUUUUUUUACAUCUGACACUUCAUUGAGUUUUUCAUAUCUGGAAUUUGUUAGUAUUGCAUUCAUAUUAGCUUUUUUGAUGUUUCUUUAAGGAUAACAUUUUGGCAGAUCUGUUUUUGCUUCUGUAGAUAUUUGUGAUGAUUGCAUUGAGACAAACUGAUUCUUUAGAAUGGUACAAAUGUAAAUGUGUGAUGAACAUCAAUACGUCAGUUUUGAGGUGUGUGAUGGUUCAACAGCUAAAGCAUUUCUUUGCUGUUCUCCAGGAAAGAUCCCAUGCUGUACUGCGACUGUCCAAAUAAAUUUGACUUUCCCUGAUCUAUA